AUGAAACCACCACAUUCAAUUCGAGAAGACUGCAAAGCUCUUCGUCGAGAACUCGAAUGGCAUGAAAAUUCGAUCCACCGAUGGCGCAUUAAGAGUCGAGCAGUAGAAAAACACUUGAAAUUUGUUAAAAACGAGAUUAAAUUGUAUAGCGGCGACCUCUAUGCUAAGCUGAUAGAGUUUGAUUGUCUAACAAGGUCGGUUGAUGAAAAAGAACAACUCUUGCAAACUGUUGAACAUGAGUUGAAUGCUAAGAGGAGAGAGUUUGAUAUUCUUGCAGGGUUGAUCAAAGAAAGAAACUAUGACGCUGAUGAAAAGGAAAAAAGGCUUCGAGAAAAGGCCAGGGAUAUCGAAAAUCAGUACAAACAUAUCAAGUCGAAACAUCAAGAGAUUGAAGAAAGAGAGAAGGAUCACCAAACAAUGGAGGAGCAGUUUGAAGAAAAAGAAAAGGCUCAUGAAGGAAAGGUGAAGUACCUCGAGUCGAGGUUUGUAGAGCUGCAAGAGUUUGAAUCAAGAAUUCAAAUCCAACACAAGGAACAGGAGGAGAAAUUUGAAGAAAGAGAGAAGGAUCUUCGAUCAAAGGAGGAGCAAUUUGUAGAACAAGAAAAUGCGCAUAAAGAUAUAGUGGAGUGCCUUGAGUCGAAGUUUGUAGAGCUGCGGGAACUUGAAUCAAUAUUUAAAGAAAGAGAGAAGGCGCUUUGUUCAAAUGAGGAGGACUAUGAUAAACAAUUAGAUGUGCUUGUUUCAAUAGAGAAGGAAUCUGAAGAAAGAGAGAAGGAGCUUUUUUGGGAUGAAAAUCUGUUAAAACAGAGAUUAAAGUAUAUUGAGACGAAACAAAAGGAGUUUGAAGAUCAGGAGAAGCAGUUCAAACUGAGAGAAAAGCAUCUUGAGACGAAAGAAAAACAGUCUGAAGAUCGAGAGCGCUUCAACCUUGUGAAACAACUUGAGUUCAUAUGUAGUCAAUUUUCGGCUGUUCUUCGAGCAUCAUCCGACCCUGCUAAACUGGUGUUAGAAUCAAUAAAAGGUUGUUGUCCUUCUCAUGUACGUAACCUUUUGGUGGAUGAACUAUAUAAAACUUCACCUGUCAUUAGUCUUCAUGUCAAAGAAGAAGCAAUCAAAUUUGCAACCGAGUGGAAGGAAAAUUUAUCUGUACUUGGUAAGGAUAAUUUGGAGGUGCUGAAUUAUUUCAAGUUUGUUGCUACUUUUGAAAUCGGUUCAUCUUGUCAGGCUCCGCGAGUCCUUUGUGGUCCUGUUAAAGUACCAGGUUAUCAACCAAGUUUCACCACCAAUGAUGGAGGAAAUGUCCAGUUGCUCUCAGAUAGGUCUGAAUUGAAUGACAAUGGCAUUUUAGUUAAUCUCCAAACAGCACCGAAUCCAGCACAACUUGUUUUGGAUAUGAUUCGAAAUCCUAAGCUUCGACAGGAAGAAGGCAUGGUUAUUGAGAAGAGACAAAUAUUUCUGUUAGACCAGCUAACAAGAAUCUCGCCACAUAUAGAUUGUGACGUAAAAUACGAGGCAAUGAAGCUGGCACUUGAGUUGAAAGAUACCGCGAGAGGAUGUGCUGAAAAUUCUUUGGUGGUUCUGGGUUUUCUACUACUUUUAUCUAGUUAUGGAUUGUUUCCUCAUUCUAAUUUUAACAAUGAUGAAGUUUUGAAGCUUUUUGAGGUUGUUGCUCAUCACAAGGAAGCUGUAGAGCUGUUUCAGACCCUUGGGUUCGAGGACAAAAUAUCCGAUUUUGUGGAUAAUCUUAUAAAGAAUCUGCGGCAUAUUGGAGCUGUUAGAUUCAUUUCUGCAUAUAAUUUGGCUGACAAGUCCAGACUAGUUAGUAUCAUGCUACAAAUAGAGAUGGAGAAAGCAAAACAGAUUUCCUAUGAAGUUGUUUGCAGAGAAAAACACCGUGAACCAAAGGUUAAGGCCAGAGAUACAGAAAUUGCUAGUCUGAGGGAUAUUCUACAGUGCAUUUCAGAUUGCAACCUAGAGUAUCACCACAAUCUAGUUGGUGAGAUUAAGAAGCGCAUUUUUGUAUUAGAACAAGAAAACCAGAGGGAAAAUAGUGUUGCCAUCUCAUCAGAGUCUCUUUCCAACGAGAAAAAACGUGCUAGAAAAGAAGUCUCUACAAAUCAAGUUAAAGAGCAAGAGCUAGCCCAAAAGAAGCCUUAUGAUGUUGCAGGUACCAAGAAUCCAUUUAGAGUGCAACACCGUGAAGAAAAACAACCUCAAGUUGAAAUGCGACAAAGUCAAGUAAGGAAACAUGUCGAUGAGCAGGAAGGCUAUCAACUAUCACUUAAGUUUGGCAACAUAAAGCGUCUUAGAACAAUGUGGCUUCCUCUUCCAACUUAG